CGGCUCUUGCAUCUGAUUUCGAAAAGGGAAAACUCAGGCAUCAUGGUGCUUCUCGACCUGCUGACGCUGGGCCUCUGGUCAAAGGUUGGACGUUUGACUCACUAUGCUUUUGACGCCGUCCUCCUGUCGGCUUUCCUCGCUGGCGUGAAGCGCUCGACCGGCCUGACUUUCAAGAGCGACAAAGUUGCCGGCGAGAACAAGGAAGUUUCCAAGUGGAUCGACAAGUACCUCGGCGUCGGCGAGUGGGUGAUGGACCAGUCCGUUGCCAUUGCCGGCUCCAGCGGCUUCUUUGAGCGCAAGCGAUGAUUGUCGUGGACAUGUCAUAUCCUUUUCAGACUACCUCCCGUCGAGUUGUCGAGCCCAAUCGUCGACAUGCGACCGGUUGCCGAGCCAUUUAUCAACCCAUCCUAACAGUCUGUCGGCCGGGAGCUCUUGUCUUGAUUCGAAAUGAAUGCGAAUGGGCUGGGAUGCUGGAGGGGCCUCGUCUAAGGGAAAGGUCCUAGGAGGAUGAAGUUUGGUUUCGAGUUAUCAUGACGGACGAGCCGUGCCAACGUCAUGUUUCUGUUUGGGCGUUUGAUGGGAAACACUUGGGUGCUUGCUUUUGUUACUCCGUGGCUUUUGAUUUGAAUGCAGAAUAUGAUGAGAUGACCCAACUCGC